UUACACCCAUCAAUCACUUUAUUUUUGGGGAUGAUUUCUGAGCAAGUGAAAUAUGAACGAAGAUGAAUUAAUAGGAAUAUUUUUUGCAGUAUCGGGUAGUAGGGGUGAUAGAAUUUUAUUUAAAUACCCAUAUUUCUCACUGAACAAUUAUUACUAUGACGAUAUAGACAAUGAUUACCAUGCUAUUGAAUAUGAAGAAAUUAGUUCAAUUAUAUUAAAAUCAAGAUAUCGCCGAUUGCAUGAUUACAAUUCUUCUAAAACUAAUCAUAAAUUUAUUGAUCUCCUGCUUGCAACUUUUUUGUGUGUGAAGUCAGAAUCAUAUUUUAAACUAUUUGAAGUUAAGAUUGAUGAUGUAAAUUAUGUUGGGUAUCCAUUCUUGCUGAAAAUUGAAAUGCCUGAAAACAAAAUCCAAUCCUUUAAUAUAGUUUUUGCAUUUAAAACAUUUGAAAAUACGAAGAAAACAUUUUUAAGUAAUAAUUAUCAAAUGAUAAGUAAAAACUUGGCUAUAAUCUUGCAAAAUAAACAAUUUGAAAAUGAAUAUCUGACAAAUAAUAUUAGAAAGAUGUUUCAUAUAAUUGAUGAAUAUUCUGUUAUCAAGGAUUGUGAAAAAUUAGAAAACAUAAAUCCUUAUAAAAUUAUGCUUGAUCAAAAUGUUAAUAUAUGCAUUGUUAUUAAGGACAUUUAUGAAAAUCUAUGUAAAGACAAGUGUUUUAAUAUUAAGAUUGAAAACACUUUUUUUAAUUUAUAUAUUCCACUCAAUAUCAAACUUGCAAACAGUUAUGAUACUGCUCAAUUACCCUGUGAUAAUUUAAUAAAACCCUUUCAUUCCAUUUUACUCAAUGAUAAUAUUUCAACAAAGAAACUCUUAUAUCAAAAUAUGUCUUUAAAUUUUCUUAAUUUAUGUGUUCCAACCAAGAGUUUAUACAAAAUUUCUAUAGAAGCAAAUAUAUCAUUAAAUUAUAUUUUAGAUGUGAUUAAACAAUUGGUUCAUUUGGGUCAAUGUAGAAUUAUAUAUCCAUUGUGUGAAACUAAUAUUUACGUUAUAACUCCACAAAUUACCGAAAUAUUGAAUGCAUCUCUAAUCGAAAAGUUUAACAAACAAAUAGACAGCAAUACCAAUCUUGUUCAUAUUUUAGAAAUAUUUUCACAUCCCUUUACUCUGAUUUAUCAUUAUAAUAUUGCACACAGUAAAAAUUUGUUGGCCAAAUUUACUCAGGAUGAUAGAAUAAAAAUUAUUGUAUGGCUGAUACGUCAUGAAUUGAUUAUUCAAUUGCAUACAUAUAUUUACCUCAAACCAAGUUCCGGGAGUUCAAAUUAUGAAGAAAAGUUUAUUUCACCGGCACCGAAAUCUCAAAUACAAAAUUUAUAUUCCAGUGAAAAAGAGGUGUCUCAAGAUGUUAUAAAUACUCUGCGCCCCGCAAAAAAAUAUACCAUGUUAUUUAAAAAAUUAAUGGGAUAUUUUAAUGGUCUAUUUCAUAUUGAAGAGAUUAUGUUCCUGGAACAUAUUAAAAGAUCGACAUUGAUGUCCUGCCUUGAAAACUUUAAGGAUUCGCUUAUAUUUAUAAAACAUUAUGAUGAUAAAUUACGCUCUAUUGAAAAUAAUAAGGAUGAUGUAAAUACACCAGAAUUUAAAAUUAAACACCUAGUCAUAGUUUUAACUAAAUUAAAAUUGCCAGUACAAACCACUUUGGAUAUACCCAAACGUAGGAGGGAAGAAAAUGAUCUUGAUACACUCAUUUAUAUACCCAAAGACCAUAUAAAAUCACUACCUAGUACAAAUUUAGAUAUAUCAAGUAUUACAUUUAAUAAAAAUGAUGAUAGUCAACAAAAUGAACAUACCAAAUCACUAAUUAAUAUAGAAAAUCAAAAUUUUAAUGAUGAACUUGAUAUCAUAAGCAACAAUUUACCACCCACAUCAGAAAAUCAAAAUUUUAAUGAUGAACUUGAUACCAUAAGCAACAAUUUACCACCCACAUCAGAAAAUCAGAAUUUUAAUGAUGAACUUGAUACCAUAAGCAACAAUUUACCACUCACCUCAGAAAUACCUAGAUACUCUAUAAAAAAUUAUGAUAAAAAUAAGCUAAAUACACUUGAUCACUUCAAAUCUCUACCUAGUAUAUCAAGUAUCACAUUGAAGAAGAAUGAUAGUAGUCAACAAAAUAUUAUAGGCUGUAUCAAUUUAGAAUUUAAAGAAAUUCCCACAUACUCCAGAAAACUAAAGGAUAAUAGACAACCAAUUAUACUAGAUCAUUUAGAACCAUCACCUACUACAAGUGAUAUAGUCUAUUACUUUAUACUUAUAAUAAUCAAAAGUUGGUUCCAAAGCUAA